AUGCGUGCCAGUAUCAUCGCGGCCACCCUUGCGGGUGCUCUCGGGGUGACAGCCUACGACAAGGCGCUCGAGAAUGCCCUUUCCCACAUCCACCGCAGCGGAUGCGGCGAGCUUGACGGCUGUGGGAAGCAUAACAAGGGCUCCUACAUCCCUGAUGGAAAGACGUUCAUCUUCCCUGAUAGGAACUACGAGCAUGGCAACCGAUGGGAGCUCAUAAACAAGCAUCCCCAUCACCACCAUGGUCAUCACCAUGGCCACCACCACGGCCACCACGGCCACCACCAUGACCUCCACAGCUAUGUCAACUUCGACUUCCGCGAGGAGUCCCUCAUCUUCGACUUCGAGAAGAUCGAGGACUGCAACCACCUCAAGUUCAAGGAGAAGCUUCGCUACGAGAAGAUUGAGAUCAAGGUUGCCGUGGACAAGGCUCACUUUGACAAUGCCCGCAGCUACAGCCUCAAGGACGGACACUGCCAUGAGCACGAUGGCCGUUACCGCUGCCGCCUCCCGUACAAUGAGCUAGUCCACGGUGACCACCACGGCCUUUGCCACAACAAGGAAAAGUUCGGCAAGGAGCUGUUUGUCAAGAUUGAGACCGUCAUUGCUGCUGGAGAGGAGCGCUACGAGCUUUGCAACCGCGGUGGGCAGGAGAGAGAGUACUUCCGUCUUCGCUACGCCUGCACCGAGUGCAAGUUUAACGAGUAUGAGAAGGAAUGUCAUCAUAAGCCUCAUCAUCAUCAUCACGGUCAUCACCACCAUUGCCCAGAGAAGCACCACCACCACGGCCACCACGGACAUCACGACAAGCAUCACAAGUGCUGCCACAACAAGCAUCAUGAUCAUCACAAGCACCAUGACCACAAGUGCUGCCACGACCACAAGCACCAUGAUCACCACAAGCACCACCAUGGCCACAAGUGCUGCCACGACCACCACAAGCACCAUGACCAUAAGCACCACCAUGACCACAAGUGCUGCCACGAUCACAAGCACCAUGAUCACCACAAGCACCACGACGCCAAGUACCUCGACUACAAGUUCGAAGCCCAUAACCCUAAGCACCACGAUCACAAGCACCACGACAAGCACCACCACGGCUGCGGCUGCCACAAGCACCACGAUCACAAGCAUCACGAUCACAAGCACCACCACGGCUGCGGUUGCCACAAGAACUACCACCACCCCCACGGCCCCCGUGAUCUCGAGACCCUUGAAGUCGUCCAAGCCCGCAACGUCGAAGCCCCCGCCGCCGAGACCCGCGAUGUCGAAACCACCACCACCACCAACCUCGAGACCCGCGGCCGGUACCGCAACCCCGACCUCGCCUACGAGUGCACCGGCACCUUCCUCGAGGCCUACGGCACCGGCAAGUACUCCCACCCCCUCAAGGAGAUCGGCUGCGGCCACGAGGGCUACUACCACCGCUACCCCAAGAAGGAGCUCGAGGUCUCCGUCCACGGCCCCGUCGAGCUCAACGGCCACACCCUCGGCCACUUCUCCGUCGUCCUCGACAAGCGCCGCGAGGACGUCGUGCUCGCCAUCGACGUCCGCGUCCACGAGCCCGAGUACUUCGUCACCGAGAUCGCCGCCAUCAUCGUCUGCGAGGAGGGGCUCAAGCAGAAGGACAAGGACAUCUGCACGCCCUCGUCCUACCCUUACCGCCGCCACGACAAGCGCGGCCUCGACCACUUCCACUUCGACAUCGUCGACGAGUUCCAGUGCAAGGGCGACUACUUCAUCGCCAUCUACGUCCUCGUCUGUGUCGCCGAGGACAAGUGCGAGUACAGGAAGGUCGGCGACCGCUACCGCUACCCUUACUAG